CCUCAACCAUGGUAUGGGAAACCCGCUGGCAACCUUGGCGAAGGGCAGGGCUGUGUCUAGGCGGGGGCGCGGGAAAGGAGGAGUCAGCUGGGGAGAGAACCCACCCCAAGGCAUGACAGAGCCAGCCAGGAGGGUGCCGUGCGCUUGCUGCUGCCCAGACGGUGCUGUGCAUUGUUGUGCUGCGCUUUUUUGCGCCUCCUGCUGCUAUGCGGGAUUACGACGAUCUGAUCGCCUUCCUGGGCGAGUGGGGCCCCUUCCAGCGCCUCAUUUUCUUCCUGCUCAGCGCCAGCAUCAUCCCCAACGGCUUCAACGGCAUGUCUGCCGUCUUCCUGGCCGGCACGCCGGAGCACCAGUGCCGAGUGCCCGCCAGCGCCAACCUCAGCAGCCAGUGGCUGAACGCCAGCAUCCCGCUGGAGGAGCGCGACGGGCGGCAGGUGCCCAGCCGGUGCCGCCGCUACCGCCUGGAGGCCCUGCGCAACUUCUCCGCCCUGAGCCUGGAGCCCGGCCGCGACGUCAACCUCAGCCAGGUGGAGACCGAGAAGUGCCUGGACGGCUGGGAGUACAGCCGCGACCCCUACCUCUCCACCAUCGUCUCCGAGUGGAAUCUGGUAUGUGAUGAUGACUGGAAAACCCCCUUAACGACAUCUCUGUUUUUUGUGGGUGUGCUUCUUGGAUCCUUUAUAUCAGGACAGCUCUCUGACAGGUUUGGCAGAAAGACCAUUCUGUUUGCAACUAUGGGUGUACAGACAGGUUUCAGCUUCCUGCAGAUCUUCUCAACCAGCUGGGAAAUGUUUACAGUGCUGUUUCUUAUAGUUGGCAUGGGACAGAUCUCAAACUACGUUGUGGCCUUCAUAUUAGGCACAGAAAUUCUUGGCAAAUCAGUUCGUAUUAUAUUCUCUACAUUAGGAGUUUGCAUAUUUUUUGCAAUUGGCUACAUGUUGCUGCCACUAUUUGCUUACUUCAUCAGAGACUGGCGGAUGCUGCUACUGGCUCUGACUGUACCAGGGGUAUGCUGCGUUCCACUGUGGUGGCUGAUUCCUGAAUCUCCCCGAUGGUUGAUCUCUCAAGGAAGAUAUGAAGAAGCUGAAAGGAUUAUUCAAAAAGCUGCAAAAAUGAAUGGUAUUCCAGCUCCAGAAACACUCUUAGAUCCAGUAGAGGUGCAGGAUUUGAAUGCCAUGCAGCAAAAGGCAAUACUUCUGGACUUGUUCAGAACUCAAAACAUUGCAGUGAUCACUGUCAUGUCUCUUCUUUUGUGGAUGUUCACCUCUAUUGGCUACUUCGGUCUGUCACUCAACACCUCCAACCUGCAUGGAAAUGCCUACCUCAAUUGCUUCCUGUCAGCUGUAAUUGAAGUUCCAGCCUAUGUGAUUGCCUGGCUUCUCCUUCGGACUCUACCUCGGCGUUAUUCGAUAUCUGGUACACUGUUCCUGGGAGGAGGUGUAAUCUUGUUCAUUCAGCUGGUACCUGCAGAUCUUUACCUUCUGUCUCUUAUUCUGGCAAUGCUGGGGAAAUUCGGGGUCACAGCCGCCUUCUCCAUGCUUUAUGUCUACACUGCAGAACUGUACCCAACCAUUGUAAGGAACAUGGCUGUGGGUGCUACCUCCAUGUCCUCCCGGGUGGGCAGCAUCAUUGCUCCUUACUUUGUUUACCUUGGUGCCUAUGACAGGUUUCUACCUUACAUCCUUAUGGGCAGCCUGACUGUGCUGAUAGGGAUUCUUACCCUCUUCCUCCCAGAAAGUUAUGGGAACCCUCUACCAGAGACGUUUCAAGAAAUGUUGCAAGUUAAAGGAUUUAGAAACAGAAAACUUACAACCAAAAUAGAUUAUUCAACGAAGAAUGAACUGAAUGACAAGAACUUGAUUACACAGCUAUGAUUAUACAUUUCUGCCUUUUGAGAUAUGGACACUCUGGACUUUAAAAAAUGUAAUUCUGAAUAGAAAUGAAAAGUCGUUAAUGCUACUGGAAGGUUGUUGUCAUCAUCCUACAAUUCACAGCUGCCGUGUACCAAAUUUGUGGAUUUUCUUCGGAGUUACUGUCAGCACAUAUAAAUCUCAUCAAUAUCUUUUUUAGUGUCUUCAUAUUUUAAAAAUCUUUUCAUUACAGUAUUACAUAUUUUUCAAAAGCAGGCCACAUAUAAGUCUUGAGAGAAGUGAAAAUACAUUAUACAGAGUCAAAAGCUUUUUAGGCUUGUUUUGAAAAUCAUAACUUUAAUCUUUAACAGGAAAAAGCUUGUAAGACAAAAAUUCACAACAACAAAAAAGUUGUUGUUCUUACUUAUCCAUUAAGAUAACUUCUUUGCAUCAGAAUUUCUGAAGGAAGAAAAACACCUCAGCUGCUGUGUUAUGUUUCUAUCAUACCACCAUAAAAGCCCAUUAUGAAGUUGGACAUUUUUGCUUGUUUGUGUUUCAGGCCUUGUACUAUAAAUUAUUUGGAAAUCAGAUUGAAAAAAUGAAAGAGUAUAUUGCCUGCAACACAUUUUAUGGUUUCUUUAUGAACGUUUGAAAAAAUUGCUAGAGAAUCAGCAGAUAUUUGGACCAGCUCUACAUUUGUGCCAAGUAAAGCUGGCAAAUUAUUGUAGUGAAAUUCCCUUCUGUGCCAAGUCAAGGCAUCUGAAUUGCAAAAUGUCCUGGUUUGACAGUUUAAAGUAGGAGGAGAGUUUCCUAAUUCUAUGUAUGAAUGUGAGGCCCAUUUCAUAUGUUAUCGUUAUCUACAGUAGCAUCAAAAAUAACUCACUACAGUUGCUUCUCUGAUGCAGUAUCUGUUGUUAAUGAAUUAAUCAAGUCUUGGGAAUGGAGUGUGUGCUUGCAGUCAAAACAGUACAUGUAGGUGGGGACAGGGCCUGCGUACUUGGUUGUGAGUGCCCAAUCUCUCUACAUGUGAGGCUUCUCUGUACAGGGCUAAUGUCUUAUCUUGGAACAGCAAGGAGGAGGGAUCAGGAGAAGCAGGGUCUGCCGUAGAGUUUGCAAUGGAAAUUCUUCAGAUCAGGAGACAAUUUCAGGUCCAACCACUGUGCUGUCAAACCUGGCUUCUAAGAAUAUUGUUACAAGCUCAAGAUUUCACUUUUCCAAACUAACUUUUUCUAUAAAUAAUUUUAUUUGUUAAGUUAAUUACAUAACGGGUACCUCAACAAGGUUCUUUUGUUGUGUCUGUUCCAUUUUUCACAUCUUUUUUUUUUAAGGCUGUCUAUUGAACACUAUACAAGGUAGUAUAAUAAGAAUUUGUUAUGGUUAUACUGGAAGAUAUCUGUGCAGCCUUAUAUGUAGCAUGACUAUUUAAGCAACUCAAUUGUUCUUAAGGUUGCCAGUUUCUGAGACAGAGACUGUAAUUGCAUUUUACAGCAUUUACAGAGACCCUUCUCCUUGCUUUGAUUGCAAUCAGGAAUUUCUAGUAUUACCCUGUAGCAGAGAGGUUGAAUGGAUUGCCCUGAAACCUAUACUCAGGCUUUGAAAUAUCAGCCUUGGUAAGGAACUGCCAACCAUUUCUUAUAAAACUGUUAAUAUUAGAAAAUGAUAACUUUGUUUACAUAAGUUUUUGUAACUUGGCAUGUGUACUAUGGCAUAUCUUUAUGUAGACAUUUUAUACAAAACAGGGGACUCCAAUCCUGUUCUACGAUUUUGUAAAUGUCACUCUUUCUAAAACUUGUAUACUGUAGUAUUUUUGCAGGGAACUUAGUUUUAUUAGGAUUUCUUCAACAAUUUAAAGUUGUCUAUUGAACAGUUUUUGAUUAAGCAGCACUUUGUUUUGCUGUUCAGUGUUGUAAAACAAAUCUUUCUGAAUCUUAAAAUAGUAAGACGAGGCAAUGAUGCACUAUCCAAAGGACUGUGACAUUUAAACAUAAAAGCACCAUUUUUGUAGAGAUUAGUUCCAUAAAGAUUUUCCCAGUAUUGAAACAUACUGCAGCUUCUUGCAGUAUGUUGGUAAAAUGGUUGGGAAGUUCUGCUCCAUUACUAGAGUCUGUGGAUUGGAGCAUCUGCUAGUUCUCACAUCACCUUUAGUUUAAUGAGAUUGACCCACUGGUUCAGCUACUUCUCUUUGCAUUACACUUGGCUUUAGAAGGGACUGAAAUGGAUUUUUGACGUUUUUACAGUAUUGACCCUUGAAAGAGUUGCUUGAUUAGGGAGAAAUUUACAAAGAAAAAUUAACAUGGCUUCCUCUCAGGGAUUUGAGGUGGGGUGUGGGGGGGGGGCGGGGCGUGUUUGGUAGUCCAAAGACUGUAAAUAAAUGAGAGACAUGUCAAAAAAGGGAGAUGUUGUUGGCACAAUAUUUGUUUUCUUUACUGCUGUAAAUGUUUCUGCAUAUGUAUUACAUGAUACCAGUCAAAGUUUUAAUUUAUAAUAAUUGUCCUACCCAAUCUAGUUCCUGCAGGUCAGGUUGGGCCCAAGUUUCUUCUCUAAUAGUUUAGUUACCCACUACAAGGGGUAUCCAUAUCCCUCUUUCCCAUUAUGUAUUACUAUUGUACUGUAUUGAUUUGGGUUUGAAGCUUUCUUGAUGGGCUUUUCUGAAGCGUGAAUCAGCAUGCAGUUACUGUUUAUUUUUCCUCAUUGACAGUAAAAAAAUAAA